AUGGGCGAUCUACCUCCAGCGAGAUUGGGUUAUCAUCAAAGACCGUUCACAUUCUGCGGAAUCGACUAUUUCGGUCCCAUGAUGGUAACCGUUGGAAGACGUAGAGAGAAAAGGUGGGGAGUUCUAGUCAUGUGUCUGACUACACGAGCUAUCCACAUUGAACUAGCAUCAUCGUUAAAUUCGAGUUCUGCUAUCAUGAGCUUGAGGAGAAUGAUGGGACGUCGCGGCAAACCGGUAAAGAUACACGCGGAUAACGGUACCAACCUAGUUGGAAUGAACACAGAACUGCGAGAUGCACUUCUUGAGAUUGAUUAUGACCAUGUGGCAUAUGAGAUGCUAAAUCGGGGUAUAAAAUGGCGAUUCAUACCGCCCUCCACGCCCCAUAUGGGAGGGAGCUGGGAAAGGCUUGUAAGGAGUAUCAAAACGGCACUGGCGGCAACACUAAAGGAGAGAGCACCUCGAGAGGAAGUGUUAAUGACGCUUCUUGUAGAAGCGGAACACGUGAUCAAUAGCCGACCACUUACCCAAGUGUCAGUGGAUCAUAGGGAUGCAGAAGCACUAACGCCAAAUCACUUCCUCAUCGGAUCGUCAUCGGGAGUAUCUUCACCAGGCCAAUUCACAGACGGAGACUUGUGUUCGCGUAAAGGCUGGAGACAAUCACAACGUUUAGCCGAUAUGUUUUGGUCAAGGUGGGUGAAGGAAUACCUCCCAACACUAGUCGUAAGAAAAUGCUGGACACAGGAAACAAGACCUCUAUUGGAAGGAGACGUGGUACUUGUUGCUGAUUCAACUCUUCCUCGUAACACAUGGCCGAGGGGAAUAAUAACGAAAACCUAUCCAGGAAAGGAUGCACGAAUCAGAGUAGCGGACGUACGGAUUAGAAACAAAACCUUCAAACGGUCAGCGGCAAAGUUAGUCGUCCUGGUCCCAAACGAUCAGUAA